AUGCCCCCGCGCAACUCGAAGUUCGCUAUCUUCAGUGGCUAUGAAAUGUCUCGACAAGACUUCAAAGAAUUCGUUCUCAGCCUUCCGUCUGCUCGAGAGGCAGUGGAUUGGGACGAGCCCAAUGGGUUAGAGCCGUAUCUAUUUGGCUACAAUGCUUUCAGGCGACGACUUCCGCGGGAAAUGAAAGGCUCUGCGCCGAAGUUAAGACUCCGUUAUGUGUCGAAAGAAGCCGCACGGUUGGUCGAUACCGACAUUGAACCAACGAUAUCCCGCCUCUUCUUCCCUAUCCGAUUCGUGAGGUAUAAAGGACGAGAGCAACUCCGCGAUCCGCACCCCGACAGCAAACUGAUCAAGGACGAAACCCCGGACGAUAAAGCCAAGCUUAACAGCUUCGUGCAAUUCGUGGAGUCUUGCGGUGGCAAUCUAGAUCCCAGCAAGGUCUCUUUUGCAUACAUGAAGGAAUUGCAUCCUGCUCACGACUGGAGAACUGUGCGUUCUUUUUCUACGUGGCUUGAUUGUGAUACUGACGAGAUUCUCCCAGUUCUAACUUCAAUGUUGAUGAGCACUACACAAUGCGCACUGUCGUCCGUCACCAUCAAGUCCAGCUGA